UUGAGGAGCGGUGUGAAUUAGAAGAAGCUGAGAAUGACAGUAGAUUAAAAGCCCAGACAUUGGAGAUGCAGUACGCUGGGGCUUUGGAACGAAGUCAAAUUAUCAAGGAUGAAUUGAUUCAUGAGAGGCAGAGUAGUGAGGAUCUGAGGAUGCAGUUGGAGGAUGCCCUCUCCAGGGAGGAGAGGAACAUGGAGGAUAUGGAGGCCAUUCAGAUGCAUCUCCAGGAGCAAGAGCAGCUAAUCAGGGAGCUGGAGGAAAGAGAAGCUAUUUAUGCUGAACAACUCAGGAUGUUAGAUAUGGGUUUAAAAAUCUCUAGUUGGUGGAGGGCCUGGUCUUGGAUUCUUCUUCAACAGUCAGAAAAUGAUACCACUGAACAACAAAAUAUUGACGAAGAACAGGUUCACCGAGACCUUCUGAGCAGUGAACAAGUUCAGCAAAAGAAUAAACUAUCUCCUGAUGAAGAUCAAGAACAAGAACAUGUUCUGCUUCCGCUGGAAUAUGAGAAUAAUUUAGCGAUGAAUUUCAAAUUGAGGGAGGAUGAAUUGUACAGACAGCUUGAGAAUAUAGAACUAGAGUUUGAAUCCUUCCUUGACGAGCUUGUAACAAUUCUCUUCGGACAUGUUCAAGUUAACAACAAGAGAGAGGAGGUAGUCUACAGAGUCCGAGCUCUGCUAGAGGCUGAAACAAAUCUACGAAAACAGAUUUCCGACUUGGAGAAGAAGGAAUCUGUGUACAGCAAAACAAUUCAGGAUGCUGAUACAAUCAUGGCCAGGGUGGAAUUUAAUUAUCAGGAGCAAAUACGGGGAUUGGAGCAGGAGAAACAUGAACUCAAGGGUGCGCUAUGGUCAAUCGAGCAGAAGAAGAAGAACAAGAAUUUGGAAGAAGCUGAGAAUAAGGACGAGAUGAAUAUUAUCAGGAAUCUUGAAGCUAAACUAGCAGCGGUUGAAGAAUCUGAAGCUAAACUGAGAACUACUGUAGAAGCUUUAGAAACCUGCCAAAUACAGCUUAGGGAAAAACUAGAGGAGAAGGAACAAACUAAUCUGGAUAUUAAAUCUGAACUGAAGGAUGUGUGUGAGCUGCGCGAGCUGGUGGACGGGUUGAAGAUGGAGAGGGAGAAGAUGAAGGAGGAGAAGAUGAACCUUAAACAGGAGGUGAACAGGCUCAAGGAGGUCGAGAAUAUUCUCGCACAACUCAGGAGAUCUGAAGAGGAGUUAAGAAGAAAACUUCAGAUUUUAGAAGAAGAGAGGAAGGAAAUGAAGAAAGAAGAUGAGAAGAAAAAAGAGGAAGAAAAGGAGAUUAUGACAAAGGAUGAGGAUAGAAUAAAUAUUGUGAUGAAGAAGGAGAAUAGAAAAAGAAAAGAAGGAGACGGAGAGGAAGAGAGGAUUGAAUGCUCAGAUAAGAUUAGGAACAGGAAUAUUGACGGGGAGAAACUUAGAAAGAAGAAUACGCUGCGGCUCCAGAUAAAGAGUUUAGAGAGUUUUGAAACAGAAUCUAGAACCAGUGAUCUGGAGUCUUCAGAGAGAUCUGAUCCAAUGACUGUAUCCCGUGGGAACUCUACGGAACGGGAACUAUCCGAGGAACCUUUACUCCGUUCCAGACAGGACUCAGGGCAUCAUGAGUUCCGUUCCAGCCAGGAACGAAGCGUUCCUGCUUCCCGCGACGGCGCCGGGAGUCCUGAUUUCCGUUCCGAGUUGAUACUUGAGGGCGACAGCCCUAGUUGGGGAACACUCAAAAAUACAAAUACUGAUCUGAAAAAUAAACUUAAACUUGUUCAGGCUGAGAUAUCCUUGUAUACCGCUCGUAUCUCAGACCUGGAGAAGUCGAGUGAAACCAGUUUGGUUCAGUGGAAUCUAGUUCUAGCGGAGAGGGAGUCAGAAAUAAAGAGUCUCAGGGAACAGAUAUCAGAUUUAGAGCAGAGAAUUCAACUUUGCUUUCACUGCUCUCUCAGCUAUAUAGAUAGAGCAACAGAUCGAAGCUCCUGGGACCGAGACAGCUCUCUUGUUAGAAGCUGCUCCAUUGACUGCUCGGAGGUGACGGAGAUUGAGCAGCCUGUUUUUGAAGAGACAGAUUUCAAUGAUAUAUCAAAAUCACAAGCUCUUCCCAGCCAGGUAUGUAAUGUGUGCCGAGGAAGUAUGGAAGAGAAAUUAAACUCCAUAAGUUCUCAGCUUCAAGCUCUAACCAACAUUCUAGUCGGAGACAUGAAAACUCUAGCCACAGCGCAUCCCAACCCCAAACCAAACCCUGGUCAAGGUGCAAGUAUUAAUCUUAGUAAUUUUUGCCCCGUUGAAAAUUUAACGGACGUAGAAAAUAUCCAAAUGAUAGAAUCAGCUCCUGCUUCCAAUAAUUGUGUACUGCAACCCCUACAUGGAGCAAAGCCAACCGGAAACCUGGUCACUCGAAUCCAUAUUGAAGGAGGAAAUAACGAAAUCGUGUCUCCGCGUGCCACCAUCCCUGAACCCUGUUCUUCCGCACGAUCAGGAUCCUUCGAACCUUUCCCUCAUCCCUUCUCCAGCACCGAGUUCUCUGUAUCCCAGCUCUAUACUGCUCCAGGAGCUCCAAACCAAACCUUGGAUCAGAUUGCCCAAAUCUCCCAAACCUUGGAGAAAAUCUGCCAAAUCAGAUCGUCUUCCAGUAUUUCUGAAGUAUGCUCCUCUGCCAAUGAUGACUCGGAGAACGAAUCUGAACCUGCUUCUCCAGAUAUUCCAGGAGAUAGAUUUGAACCUAAUGAACCAUGGACAAACAUAAUCAGAUUGAAUUCAGGGCUAGGCAUAACUAGUGUUUCUGUGGAAAGGGAUAAUGAUGGCAAAGUUCUAAAACUAAUCAGACAGGACGGAUUAUAUUCUCCAACAACAAUCUUCCAACGGUAUCCGUCCUCUCACACUUAUCCUUUUUCCUCUGGGGACAACCUUGAACCAUUUUCACAAAGCGAGGACGGAAGAGAGAGAAAUCACAAUAAAGGAUCACAAACCGAAAACGAAACAAAGGAUAUACUGAUCAGAAGUUUGAUACAAGGGAAGGAGAAGGACGAGAAGGAAGAGAAGGAUGAGAAGGAUGAGAAGGUGGAGACGGAGGAGAAGGUGGAGAAGAAAGAUGAGGAAGGAUUGAUGAGAAGGUUGGUUGAGGAGAAGGAGAGACUGGUUGCGGAGCUGAAGAAUGGAUUGAAGGAGAAGGAUAGAUUAGUUUCUAAUCUGCAAACCCAACUCCAGGUCUCACAAUCCAGAGCAGAGGAAUUUAAGCUAACUGUAGAGGAACAGAUGGUUGAGAUGAGAAUGUUGGGACGACAGAUCGAUGGUUUGCUCCGGGAUAAAGAAACAUACAAGAUUGUCCAGGGCAGAGAAGGUGGAGAGGAUGAGGUGGAUGGGGUAGAGAAGGUGGGAGAUGGUGGUAAACAGGAGAGAAGGUUUAUAAUCAGAGAUCUACAGUGCCAACUACAAUCUAUCAAAGAAAAAAAUACAAAGAAGGAUUCUUUAAUAAGAAAAAUGGCUGAAUUGAUCAGCUCUCAGCCGGAAUCUAGAAAACUGAUUUCAACGAUCAGGGAGUCGACAGUCAAACCUUCAGACCGCAGAAUCGACUUCGAUGUCGAAACUUUAUGCAGCUUUAUCGAGACGAGACGAACGAGUGUAUCGAAAACCCGCUAGCGAGUAUCAGCUCUACCAGCCAGUUUUUGAAGAAUUUACCCCAAUGCUUUAUUAAUUACAUUCUUUUAUAUUUAUACAUCAUUUUAAAAAAUAUGAUUUCCAAAUCCUUUGUUUUAUAAUAUGAACUAGUCCAAACCUUCUAUGCUGGCAUUAUUAUUAUUUUAUGAAUAUUUAUUAAAUAAUUUAUUCUGUUUAUUUAAUUAACUGUAUGAAUCGGUCAUAUUAUAUCUAAUAAAUUUAUUUUUAUCA